UCGGCUGAGGGCGGAGGGUGGCGAGACAAUCUGCUGGAUUUCGCGCUCACAACAAGUAGCAAUCCUUUUGCAGCAGACCUCCCCGUUUGGCCAAGAGGGUAAUCGUGAAGGAUGAAGAUUGAUAUUCAUAAUCACAUUUUACCAAAGGAGUGGCCCGAUUUGAAGCAGAGGUACGGAUAUGACGGGUUCGUCCAGCUUCACCAUCACUGCAAGGGCGAAGCGGACAUGAUGAAGGACGGGAAGCUGUUCCGAGUGAUUCAAGAGAACUGCUGGGACGCAGACGCUCGCAUACGGGACAUGGACCAGCACGGUGUCACCGUGCAGGCCCUUUCUACCGUCCCUGUGAUGUUCAGUUACUGGGCCAAACCUCACGACACACUGGACCUCUGCGUCCUUUUAAACAACGAUUUGGCCCGGACGGUGCGCCGCCACCCCAGGAGGUUCGUGGGCCUGGGCACUCUGCCCAUGCAGGCCCCUGACCUGGCGGUGCUGGAGAUGAGGCGCUGCGUGACGGAGCUGGGCUUCUCUGGGGUGCAGAUUGGCUCGCGGGUCAACCACUGGGACCUCAACGCCGCCGAGCUCUUUCCCUUCUAUGCCGCAGCUGAGGAGCUGGGCUGCUCCAUAUUUGUCCACCCGUGGGACAUGCAGACAGAUGGGAGGAUGGCUAAGUAUUGGCUGCCCUGGCUGGUGGGCAUGCCGACAGAGACAACCAUGGCUAUUUGCUCGAUGAUAUUCGGAGGCGUCUUGGAGAGAUUUCCGAAACUGAAAGUCUGCUUUGCACAUGGAGGGGGCUCUUUCCCAUUCACCGUUGGCAGAAUUGAACACGGCCACAAAGUCCGCCCUGACCUGUGUGCAGUGGACAACCAGAACAGUCCGAGGAAAUACCUCGGUUCCUUCUACACCGACUCCCUGGUUCACGAUCCCGUCGCCCUGAAGCUGCUCGUUGAUGUGAUCGGAAAAGAUAAAGUGAUGCUGGGCACGGACUACCCGUUCCCACUGGGAGAGCUGCAGCCGGGAUCGCUGAUCGAGUCCAUGGAUGAAUUUGACGACGCGCUGAAGGACAAAUUGCUUGCUGGAAACGCAGUGGAGUUUUUGGGCCUGAAACGAGAGCAAUUUGAAUGACGGGGAAAUCUGAGACACAAAACUCAGCGAUUCAGUGUAAAUGCUGUAUAAAUAAAUCAUGUUUGGAUGAUUAAAGGGACAGAAAGAAAUA